AUGCUGGCCGACAAGAGGGACAACAUCAUGGCCUGGUUGCAAGCGGUGCGGAAGCCGCCGUGGAUGUCCGACAGUUCGACACCGUCCGUGCCUCCUGUGCCUCCUGUUCCCCCGGUGCCACCGCUGUUACGUCCCUUCCCGGUAUUCAACGCCAACGAUGUGAACCCCGGCCAGCCGUUGCCUCCACCGAACGCGGCAUCGGGGUACCAGCUACCGGACAGCCCGUACGUUUGUCCAAGCAGGCAGGGCGACCGGGUCCGACCGGACGACGCUUCAUCCAGUAGUUACUCCGCUCCCGUUGAAGCUGAGGCCACAAGACAACAGAUGCCUUGCCCGCCGACGCCAGCGAAGUGGCCGCUUCGUCCAGUGCUCAAGAGCGCGCAGGCGUACCGGAAGCAGGCUGCAGAUGCCGACAAGCGAGCGCAGCAGCAGCAGCCGCCGGGAAAAACCCCGAAGCUCGGCCCGGUGCCGAAAGCGUUCGCCGCCCGUGAGGACACCGUGGUCAGGUUCCUCUUGCUCAAAGCCCGGGACCUGGACCCCGUGGACGACAGGGAGUCCUGUUACCCUUACGUAGUCUUCAAGCUGGGCAACGAGAAGUACGUCAGCAAGGUCAUUGAAGACACUAAUGAUCCGGUGUGGAAUGAGCCGUUCGACAUUUUCGUGCCGGUGGGUAACAGCCUCCUCCUGCAAGUCAUGGUCAUGGACAAGGACCCCGCGGCCACAUCCGACUUCAUCGGCAGGUUCAACAUAAACCUCGCCGACUACCAGUACGGCUCCAUGUACGAGGUGAAGCAGGACUUGGACGACAACGCCGGCAUGAUCAAGUUCCGCAUGGCCUUGGAAAGAGUGGGCGUUAAGGACUUCGCCGAGGUCUGCGACAUCCCCACACGGGCGACGCUGGCACUCAUUCGGAAACGCAUCUCGGACGUCUAUACCUCCGAGGACGACAAAAGCGCACCGGGCCAGCACCAUCGCGCCGCCACACAGCGAGAGCAACCUGAAUGCAAUCUGCGUGGUCGAACUGUCGCCGAAGAUGCUGUGGAACAAAGGCGACCCCAAGACCGUCAACCCCACGUGGAGCACCAUGUACCGCUUGAAGGUGACGGACAUCCACGCCGUGCUUCAAGUGACCGUGCUCACGGACGUCAAGAAGCAGGAGUUCCUCGGCACCGUGGCCUUCCCACUGAUAUCGGUGGACUCGGGAAAGAAGCAGUGGUUCGCGCUCAAGGACCAGACCUCGACAAGACCACGGGAGGAUUUAUCCUGCUCGAAAUAGACCUCAUAUACAAUCCAAUGAAAGCUCUGAUAUGCUGUUUCAAGGACAAAGGUCCCGGUCCACCGGCGCUCAACGACACUGAGCUGACGAGGGCUGCCCUGACCCGGAACAUGUCACGUCUGAAGGCGCUGUACGAGCGCUACAAGCGGAUACGGGAUUUUUUCCUCGGCUGCUUCAACUGGGAGUCCAUCCCGCGGUCCAUCAUCUCCCUCGUGCUGCUCACGUGGCUGACCCUGCAGGGCGAGCCGUACAUGGUGCCCUUGAUCGGUGCCCUGCUCUUCUUCGCCGAAAUGAUCGCCGCCAUUCUCAUCCCUAUCGAGGACGAGAGAGAGGUACGCAACGACGUCGUCCCGCAGUGGCCAGGUCCACCUGGCCGCUUUGAUGUCCCACCACAUAUCCGGUGCAGGGAUUGA